AUUACCAUUAUUAGUCCACACACACGUACACACACCAAUAUCUUCUUCUUCAUCCAAAUUAUUCUUCACAUUUUCAUCUACACACUCAAUCACAAAAAUAUUCAAAAUUCACUUCAUGUCAUGUUUGUUUCAAAGGCAUCAACCUAUGAAGAACAUGUCUAACUAUGAACUUCACCGAAAGGUCUUGUGCUUCUAACUGAAGACUUUGAAACUAAGGGCAUGCUAGCUACUUUUGGGGGUAAUAGAAAGAAGAAAUUAAUCAUGGAUUAUUUUAAUAUUUAUCUAUGAUGUAACAAAGUUUGUGUUUUUAAUUUUUUAUUAUUGUUUUUGGUUGGUAAAGUUUGAACUUUGAACAAGUUAUGGCUCUAAGAUGCUUUUGGGGUUUGAUUUUGUAGAAAAGAGGAUUAAGGGCAAGUUGAUUUUUGUUAUGUUGUUGGGGGUAAAAAUUUGUACUUUUUUGUUGUUGCUGUUGAAAUGAGAAAUUGGGGUAUAGUUUAAGGUAUCAGCAUGAGCUUCAGAGAAAGGAAGAUAGAAGGAGAAGAGAGGGAAUGUGAAAAAUCAGUGAGGACAAAUGGGUCUUUAACAACCACCACACACUUUACCAUUGAUGACAAUCUUCUUGUUGACCCCAAAUUGCUCUUUAUUGGCUCGAAAAUCGGUGAAGGAGCUCAUGGAAAAGUUUAUCAAGGAAGAUAUGUAGAUCAAAUUGUUGCUAUCAAAGUUCUUCACCGUGGAAGUACGUCGGAAGAAAGAGCUUCCCUUGAAAAUCGUUUUGCUCGGGAAGUUAAUAUGAUGUCUCGUGUUCAUCAUAACAAUCUUGUAAAGUUUAUUGGAGCGUGUAAGGAUCCUCUAAUGGUGAUAGUUACAGAGCUUUUGCCAGGGAUGUCACUGCGAAAGUAUUUGAUGAGUAUCCGUCCUAAACCAUUAGACCUUCAUCUGGCCAUAAACUUUGCGCUUGAUAUUGCUCGAGCCAUGGAUUGGCUGCACGCUAACGGAAUCAUACAUAGAGAUUUGAAACCUGACAAUCUUUUGCUUACAGCAAAUCAGGAGUCCGUAAAACUUGCAGAUUUCGGUCUUGCAAGAGAAGAAUCAGUGACUGAGAUGAUGACUGCCGAAACAGGAACUUACCGAUGGAUGGCACCAGAGUUGUACAGUACCGUAACAUUGCGCCAGGGAGAGAAAAAGCACUAUAACAACAAGGUUGAUGUGUAUAGCUUUGGGAUUGUUUUGUGGGAGCUACUAACAAAUCGCAUGCCUUUUGAAGGAAUGUCUAAUUUACAAGCCGCUUAUGCUGCUGCCUUCAAGCAAGAGAGGCCGAGAAUUCCAGAUGACAUAUCCCCCGAUCUUGCUUUCGUCAUACAAUCAUGCUGGGUUGAAGAUCCUAACUUGAGACCAAGCUUUAGUCAAAUCAUCCGGAUGCUCAAUGCAUUUCUCUUCACACUCUCGCCACAAAGUAGUAAUGGUACCAUUACCGAGUUUUCUGCCCGGAACAAAGGAAAGUUUGCUUUUCUUCGCCAAUUGUUUUCUUUGAAAAGGUUAAAAAACUAACAGUAAGUGCUAAACCUUAUUACCAUUCCCUUUUGUUGUAGAUGACAAGAGUUGCCAUGUUACAGUAUAUAAAUUUUAGUGCAUUCAGGAGUAACCAACCUCUAAGGUGACAAUUAAAAGAAUAGAAUGUUGUUUAUAGACUUUUUUUAGAGAGCAAAGAAAAAAAAAGGAUUGUUUACAUUAUCUAAUUGAUCUUGUUGUAAAGGAACACAUUGGUUUAGACAUUCCCUGUGUUAAGAAACUAUUUUUUAGUGUCGAGUAAUUUGUUGUAAAGUUGCUGUAUGCAAAGGGUAUUGAAAGUUUUCAAAAGUUAAAAAACGAUGGCGAUGUAUAUUAUGCUACUGCUGCGUAGGGACAGCACAAGCAAAACAAUAUAAUAUAGUAACUCAGUUGCAAUCAAUAUUUUGAUGUGUUAUUUGGUA